CGGCGAGAAAGCUUCGAACGCAGACGACGAAUUGAUUUGGCCUGCCUUGUGACUGUUGAGUGUAUUGACCAGAGGACUUUCAUCUCAAGUUCGUUGAAUAUAUACAGAUAGAAAACAGGAACUGUUCGCACGUGGGAGUAAACGUUGAUUCCGACGGAUCCAUGGAUAAUUAAGUGACGAUAUCGAAGAAAUUGAAACUUUUAUUAACUUCUUGUAUUCUGCUGAAACAGUUUCUGGACAACGUGCAAAGUAUACGGAGUCUAAAAAACCGGAAGGCAGCCUAGAAGAUUGCGUUAUUCUAUGUCUAUUGGAUGGGUGUUGCUGUACAAGCCAUUGUUACAUGUAAUGCAGUAUUGGACAUGUUGGAUGUUCGUACUUCAGUUCCUAUUCAAUUGAUGAGCCUUCCUAGCUGAUAACGAUCUGCGAAUUCUUCAGAGGCGAUUGAGCAAUUUUGAGGCCCACUAUUAUAUAGGGUGACCAGAUAAGCAGCAACAAUCGGAUUGAAGUUUGGAAGGGCACUGAUCACGAACAUUUCAAAUCUAAAUGUUGGCUAAUCUUGGAUGAAAGAAUAGUCGAUUGGUAAAUAAAUAUUGCUUAUUGCCGAAUUUGAUUUCCGUUGAGGAAGUGAUGAGCCGGCGCUAGAGUUGGGUAUUUCCUUUUAUUGGCCUACUUCCACUGAUAAACGGAGGUUGCAAGUACCUUGAGGAGUCAACCGCUAAGGCGAUGAACCCAGGCGAGAGAUAACCCCUUGGAUCUUUUGAUUGAUAUUGAAGUCCGUUACGCCAUAUGCUGUUGCAAAUACGAUAUCGCCGGAUCCAUUCCAGAACGACCAGAUGAGGAGCCUGCAACUUUGCCCUGUGUCUAUUUUGCUUUAAUUAUGUGGUAGCACAAUUAGUAAUCAUACUGUACCACACAUCGGAUUAUUUGCAUCAAUCAGUGACGAAAUUAAUCGACUCGUGUUCUUGUUGCCGUGCAAUUACAUGUGGAUUGUUUGCUUUCACGAACAGUCAAAGCUUUAAUAGAAUUAGAUUACUUGUACGUGACUGUGCAUUUCCAUCGUUCAUUAGCAUCAUUCUGCAACCUUAUAAUAAUUUCCCUAGAGAAAAAGUUCGAAAGCUACGUACGUGUCAUCAUGCCUGCAAUUAGAGAAACCGUGCUGAACCAUACGUUCAGGUAUUUGAAAUUUUUCAACAAGACUUUAAUUCCAAUCGAAGUUGGAGCGGCUGAUGAGGAAAAGUCGCAUGAAGAUGUAACUCCUGGAAUCCCCGCAAUGCCGACUCCAGAUCCCCCUGGUGAGGUGUCACAAACUACGGUCACAUCUCCGGUGACAAUAGAAAGUGUUAUGACAUCUACACAAAGCAGUGCAGAGAAUACUUACGGGACUACAUUAGCACAGAAACUUGUUGAUGUUGUGUCCAAUGCCCUAAACUCUACUAUAAGUACUAUUACUGAUUUAGUUCAUAACAAGGCUUCGUCUGCAAGCAACUUCACUUCUGAUAACGACACUUUGCCAAUUUCAACCAUACCUACACCUGAUUCAGUACAGAGUUCAGCGGAUUCAAAUGUGUCAUAUCAUGAAGGCUUGUCAAACCGUACGCUUUCGUCUUUACAAACCUUUCAUAAUGUGACAACGCUUUUACCAGAUGUAGGAAACCAAACUCAAUCAGAAAGCAGUUCUAGUAGUGUAAUUCCACUUGACCUAGUUCCAGACAGAAGAAAUGCCACCAAAUCUAUUUUAGAAAAUGUCACGAACUCGACAUAUCAAGCGCUACAAUAUGUCACAAAUUCUACAGUUGCGGACAUCAAAGAAGUAGUUCCCACAGCGACGUCUUUUCUUACUAGUGAUACAACAAAGUCAACGUACUCGACUUCAGAAAGAUUAUCCACCAGUGCAUUACCAACACAUGAAUCGUCAACAAACUCCACUUUCACAAGCUUACUUGGAUUCACCAAUAAAACUGUCUCAGCAUUGAUAGAUGUUACAAACACGACCAUCUCUGCUGUCGGGGACGCGACUGAAUCUUCAACGUAUGUCCAGAGAGAAAAGCCCGCAGAUUAUGACAUCAUCAGUGAGGCAGACGAUAUAAAUGGAUCAAAUUUAAACACAACGAGGCUGAAUCAUAAUUGGACGAUAACCGAAGUUGGUCAUCAUCCCGAGAUCAACCGAGGGGCCACUGACCAAUACAGUAGCGACCCCAGUCAACUGCUUUACAUAUUUGCGAUCCUGGGUGCCUACGUCAUCAUAAUUUGUGCACUCGUCUUGAUUCAAAUGCGCCGGCGCAAUAGAUAUGAAACCUUGGACGACGAGUAUUAUGAUGAGUACCUGAUGAGGCAGCAGAUGCUCACAGAACGGCGGACAUUACUCAAGAUGAACAUCAAAAACAUAAGAGGAGUUAAGGACGGUUAUCUGCUGGAUAAAAUACUCCAAAAUGAAGAGGUUUAGCAAGGCGGACAGAUCAAUGUCGUAUGUCUGUUGUUGUCUUGCAAUUGUAUGUGAAGCUGUAGUGCAGCUGUGCACAUCAGUGUACGGACAACUAAAUUACUGAACAAACAAUGGUUACAGCAUCACGUUACGGGGCGACCCCCAGGUUCAUUUCCUGUUGAACACAUUUGAUAUUCAGCUAGCAUUUUCCCACAGUUACAUGUAUCUUAACGGCCCUGGAGCUACAUGUAGAAGUGUGUGGAAUGAUUUUCUAUCGUCAAUGUUUAGUGUUUACUGUAAUGCAUUGUCGAUUACUGUGUAUCUAUAUCUUGAAUAAUAAAACAUUUGUUCGUAAACGUUUCGGACUUUCUGUCAAUCUGAUUAUGACAUUAAUUCGAAAGAAGCAAGAGUUGAACAUCAGUCAUGAUUUUUUUUAAUAAUUCAUCCCCUACGCUGGCCAUUUUACUGUACCAGGAUACUAUAAAAAUCGCGGCUUCUCAUAGGUUUUUAGAAGGUAUAUUCAUGUGCAGAAGUCACCGAGGCACCAUCUCUUUUACAUUCGAAGAACUGGUUUCCAUCUGACAGUCUGCUAUGGAUACUGCACAAGACUUCAAAAACGCUGAAACCUUACGUAUAGCUUUCGGAGGCAAUUACAAUUUAUUGACAAUGUAAUAGUUUUGGAAGUAUACGGUCGAAUGGACUAUGAUUGCUAAAUAUAAGACAACUCUUAAUGUUCAAUAGUUCAGUUACACAACAGGCCGUAGUCUGGAUUUGUCACUUCCAUAACUACCGCUGUCUACCGUUUCUGUGCCCGAUAGUCACAAAGGCGCUGUCUCCAUCCCACUGCCGUAACUGCCAUAGUCUUGCUCCUUCUUGUAGCUACGGUUGUCACAAAAAGCGUAGCCUCCGCCACUGCCAUGACUGUCAAACAUCCCAAUCACGACCAAGCGAUUGGCACAUUAUAUCUCAUAAACGUGUAACAAAAUGCAUGUUUAGUACAUACCUGUAAAUAUCUGACGACAAUUAAAAUUGAAUGAAA